AUUGUUUAUUGCUUGUUACUUGUUAUUUCGUUGGUGGGAAACACCCUUAUUGGGAUAAUUGUCUACAGGACAAGAACUUUAAGAAAACCCAUCAACUUUUUCAUCGUUAACAUGGCCAUGUCCGAUCUUAUUUAUUCGCUUUUCCUGUUCACGCCAAGCAUAACACAGCUACAUCUGGGCUCCGAAGCCUGGUUAAUAAGAGGUCGUCUUGGCGAGGCCUUGUGUAAGAUGACAACUUUCUUGGCAGAUGUCUCAACCGGUGUGUCAAUUCAGAACCUGGUUUUAGUAGCAGUGGAUCGAUUUGUGGCUAUAAUAAUUCCCCUCCGUUCGCCAUUCUUCAGUACAAAAUUGUCCUAUUUGUUAAUUUUUGCUUCUUGGAUAGUCGCCAUGGCUGUCUUCUCGCCGUUUUUCCUCACCUUUACGGUUGUCGAGUACUCUGGAGGGGCCAAAUGUCAGAGGCAGUGGAGUGAAGUUUUUGGGGACUCUACGUCUUUCAGACACUACUUCCUGAGCGUUUCAAUUUUAGUGUUUUAUAUUCCUUUGUUGUCGAUUGCCAUACUUUACAUCGCCAUUUUUUUAAAACUGAAGUCACGGAAAACGCCAGGCGAACAAUCAGACAACUCAAGGAAAAGCAGAGAAAGACGAGAGCGAAAUGUGCUCAAGAUGUCGAUAGCUAUCGUGUUUGCAUUUGCGAUAUGCUGGCUUCCCUUCACCUCCAGCCAAAUAGGAUACCUUUUUUUGGCGGACAGGGCCCUGAUAUCUUCUUGUGGGUACAAAAUGUUCACACUUGCUGCAUUUUUUCUGGCUGUAUCAUAUUGUGCAAUUAACCCCUGUAUCUGCUUCAUUUUCAAUGGAAAUUAUCGUCAAGGACUUAAGAAACUCCUUACU